AAUUCGGAAUUUAACAUAUAUAUAUCCGUAAUUAUCCCUUCAUUUUUCCAUCUUCUUUCCAUCGCGAGGACAGCAAUAUCCACUGCAUUUCCCUUUUGGGUGCAGAAUGGGAUCCCUUGAUCUGAAAUGGAACUCAUCGGGAUGCAUGGUUUUGAGAAAGGUAGAGUCAACUAAAACUAAAGGGGAAGAUAUGUCUUCCCUGUGUGGUAGUUCAGCCUAUCUGUACAAAAGGAGAGGAAGAAGAAUAAGAUGCAGAGAACAAAGAGUAAAUAUUGUUGCUACGGGGCCAGCCAUAGAUCAUGCUCCUGUUAUUGCCAAGCCCUUGACUAAAGAUGAUCUAAUUGACUACUUCGUAUCUGGUUGCAAGCCCAAACAUAACUGGAGAAUAGGUACAGAGCACGAGAAGUUUGGUUUUGAGCUUAAAACUUUACGUCCGAUUAAUUACAAACAAAUAUCAGCUUUACUCAAUCGCAUAGCUACAAGAUUUGAUUGGGAAAAAAUAAUGGAAGGUGACAACAUCAUAGGACUCAAAAAUGGCAAGCAAAGCAUAUCAUUAGAACCUGGUGGUCAAUUUGAGCUUAGUGGUAUGCCUUUGAAAACAUUGCAUCAAACUUGUGAUGAGAUUAAUUCACAUCUCUAUCAGGCUAAAACUGUUGCUGAGGAAAUGGGAAUUGGAUUUUUGGGAUUAGGUUUUCAGCCUAAAUGGAGACUGGAAGACAUACCUGGAGUGCCUAAGGUACGAUAUAACAUCAUGCAAAAUCACUUGGGUAAAUUUGGCUCACCUACAAUUGAAUCAUUGUUCAUGACAUGCUCAGUUCAGGUCAACCUGGACUUCAGUUCUGAAGCAGACAUGAUCAAGAAAAUGCGUGCCAGUAUUGCUUUGCAGCCUUUGGCAGCAGCCUUAUUCGCUAAUUCACCUUUCAAGGAAGGGGUUCCAAAUGGUUAUCUCACCAUAAGAAGCCAUAGGGUGGGUCAGAUGGACAAAAGUCGCGCUGGCAUACUCCCCUUUGUUUUUUAUGACACUUUCGGGUUUGAGAAGUAUGUUGAUUACGCUCUUGAUGUGCCAAUGUUGUUUGUUUAUCGAAAAAACAAGUACAUUGACUGCCGGGGCAUGUCAUUCAGGGACUUCAUGGCAGGUAAACUCCCUGUCAUUCCUGGUCAGGUGCCAACGCUUGGUGACUGGGAAAAUCAUCUAACAACUAUAUUUCCUGAGGUCAGGCUAAAGAGGUACAUGGAAAUGAGGGGUGCUGAUGAUGGCCCUUUGGAAAUGUUAUGCGCUCUGCCGGCUUUUUGGGUAGGUUUACUGUAUGAUGAGGUUUCGCUACAAAAUGUUCUAGAUAUGAUUGCUGAUUGGACCCCCGAAGACAUACAGAAUUUAAGGAAUAAGGUUCCUAUAACUGGUUUAACGACUCCAGUUCAAGGUAGACUGCUGCAACAUAUUGCAGAAGACACUUUGAAGUGGGCAAAGGAUGGCUUGGACAGAAGAUGCUUAAAUGAAUCCGUUUUCUUGGAUCCAUUGAAGGAAGUGGUUGGAACAGGUUUGACCCAAGCCGACAAGCUAUUGGAGAUGUAUAAUAACAAGUGGGGAAACAACAUAGAUCCUGUUUUCAGAGAGCGCUGCUACUAAGUUGACUUAUGAACAAGAGGAAUGCAGACUGAAAAUAACACCUUGCUGCAAAUGAUGACUUGCAUUCAACGUUGUAUAAUUAAGUUGCUUAUAAUCUAGACAGCUAGUAGUGUUCAAUACGUGUCUAUUUACGAAGGAAUGUAGUCAUGCUAUUUUGUACGGUGAAAUCUGACGAAUAGAUGAUGAAUAUCACUUGUUUUACUUUUAAAAUAAAGGAAUGUGGCAGAAAUCAUGUCAUACAUGGCUUUUGAGCAA